AUGGAUAACAGCGUCGUCAUCACAGACUAUACACAAAUGGAUAGAAUUAUGAAGGAAGAAAGGCAGUAUAUACUCAAUAUUAUAAAAGUUGUUAAGAAAGCUGGCUGUAAUGUUCUACUUAUUCAAAAGAGCAUUUUGAGAGAUGCUGUGAAUGAUUUAGCCUUACAUUAUUUCAAUAAAAUGAAGAUAAUGGUCGUUAAAGAUAUCGAACGGUCAGAGAUAGAGUUCAUAUGCAAGACUCUACACUGUAUACCGAUAGCAAGCUUAGAUCAUUUUAACCCUGAAUAUAUGGGGUCAGCUAGCUUGGUUGAGGAAUCGGAGGCAACUGCUCACUGUGUUCAUAUCACAGGCAUUGAAAACAGAGGGAAAACUGUAUCCAUUUUGGUUCGGGGUUCCAACAAACUCAUGAUUGAUGAGGCUGAACGUUCGCUGCAUGAUGCCCUUUGUGUUAUUCGAUGCUUAGUAAAAAAGAGAGCGAUGAUCCCUGGCGGUGGUGCUCCAGAAAUCGAAAUUGCCCAAAAGUUAGCUGCAUUUUCCAACACUACACCUGGGCUUGAUCAAUACUGUCUACGUGCCUUUGCUGAUGCAUUUGAAGUAAUUCCUUAUACUUUGGCAGAGAAUGCUGGCCUAAAUCCUAUCCAAACUGUUACUGCACUACGAGCUCUUCAUGCGAAAGGCGAGAAAAAUGCUGGUAUCAAUGCUCGAACGGGUGCUGUCGCAGAUAUUUUGGCGCAGAAUGUAAUCCAACCCUUAUUGGUCAGUUACAGUUCUGUUACUUUGGCCGCUGAGACUGUACGUAGCAUCUUGAAGAUAGAUGAUGUUAUCAAUGCUAUGAGGAAUUAA